AUGGCUACCGUUGACCCGAAUGUACAAACCGCGGCCCCUUCUGCCCCAAAUGAUUUGCCACCACCUUAUUCGGCUGUGGUGGGUAAUCCUCCAUAUGGAUUUGUAGCUGCCGGCGGAGAUAGUUAUCCACCAAUGGGCUACCAGCCACCUAAAUCUUUUACUGCCCCUGGUGUAUAUCCUCAUCCUCCUAAUACUGUCACGAUUAAUCAACCCCACGCUGGAGAUAUGCCACCACAAGUUCCAGGGAUAUCUAUACCUGUAGGAGUGGUCUUGCCAGCUGCCGUUGGAUCAGAACCAACAACUGUGACAUGCUACAACUGUGGCAAAGUUGUCACUACUAGGGUGACUUAUACAACCGCCUGGCAUACCCAUUUGGUUGCUGGAUCAGUUUGUAUAAUUACCAUGGCUUGUUCCUUGUGCUGCCUGGGUCUGGUUCCAUAUUGUUUUGAUACAUUCAAAGAUGCUGAACACUACUGUCCAAAUUGCAGUACUUUUAUUGGCAAAAGCAAUAAAUGCUAA